AUGGAUGUAUUAACUAGCGCAAUAUGUCCUCCAACAUCAACUCAUGGGAUUUAUGGAACUGAUCUAUUUUCAUAUUCUACAUAUCAUGAUGAAAAUGGGAAUUUUGUUUUACCACCUGUAUGGAUAUUAUCAGCAUUAUUUACCUUUUUAGCAUGUAUUUUUACUUUUGUGCUCAUAUUUAAACAUUUAAGAUGUUAUACGAAGCCUGAAGAACAAAGAUUAAUUAUUCGAUUAUUAUUAAUGAUCCCGUUCUACACAAUAUUUGAUCAAUUGGCUUAUACAUUCAUUCAACAAUCCGUAUACUUUACCACCAUUCGAGAUGCUUAUCAAGCCGCCUCCAUCAUAUCAUUCUUUAAUUUAUUAUUGGAAUAUUUAGGUCCCACCGGGGAAGAUCGUCAAGACAAAGUUUCCACCAUUCAAUCAACUCGCAUGCCGUUACCAUUAUGUUGUUGGUAUUUUAAUCCUAGUAAACAUCGAUUAUUCCUACCCGGAUUAAAAAUUUCGGAAAGUUGGUCAAUUCAUUACCCUCAAAUUUAUUUGGUUAUUAUACAAACUAUUUCUUCUGUAAUUGCUAAUUUAAGUAUGGUGAUUAGAGGUGAUUUAAUACAUCAACAAUUAACAUUAAAAGAUAUUUGUAUCAAUUGGGCUCUUUUCUUUGUCACAUAUCAAGGUCACGCGUUAAGUUUGGCAGUUUCAUUAGGAUUGAUUCAGUCAUCAGAUGAUUGGACACCAGAAGAUAUCUCAUCAGGAAUCCAAACUUCUUUAGCCGCAAUAGAAUUUUUCUUUAUUUCCAUACUUCAAUUAAAAGCAUUUUCAGUCGAAGAAUACAAAAAAACCACUGCGACCACCUUUCAAAAAUCAUCUCCACCAUUUAUAUUAGCUUUGUUGGAUGCAUUAAAUCCAUUUGAUAUAAUUAAUGAUUUCAUUUAUGUGGUAAAAUUCAUUUUUGGUCAUGUUUUAUUGGGUAGACAAGAACCUCAAGAAAUUCCUGCUAGACCUUUAAUAAGAUUUAAAAGAUAUGAAAGACAAGUGACGAGUAGUGAAAUGAGUAGUAAACAUAAUAGUAAAAAUAAUAGUAGAAUAGAAAUGAUAUAG